AUGGCGAGGCAAGCGUCCUUGCGGGGAAGGCGCGAUGCCUUCAUGUCACAGGCGCGCAUGCUUGUGGCGUUCUGCAUCGGGGGAUUUAUUCUGCUGUCCAGUGGAGGCGCCGCUGCGAACAAUGUUAUCGGUGAACGUGUGCGCCGAGAGCAGGUUGGAGAGAUCGAAGAAAUCCUUCAUGGAAUCGUUGCAAAAUGCCAAGUUGCCUCUGGAGGCGGAAGCGCUGAGAAUUCUACCCUGGUCACGCUGUCGAAGAAGAGGGGGUUGACCACGACAGUACACUGUGCUGAUAACGGUACAGAGAGUGUCCCCAAAUCACUGGAGAAGGUGUGUAUAUCGAAGGCAAACGAUACUAUAGACACGUGCUCGAAAACAGAGACGGACGACGGUGAAGGCGAUCGAGUGGCGGGGUUGAAUGCGAUCUUGGAGCACGGGGACGAUCUAACAUGGGCAACAGUGAGUUCCCUGCCCCAGGAAAAAGGCAAAGCCUGGACAUUGACACUGGAGGAAGCCAACCUUCCUUUUACCGAUAAAUCUUUCUUUGUUGGUUGCAAGGAGCAAUCCAGCGGGACAAAGUCAUGCAGGGUCGAUGUCACAGUUCAGGCGCGUCCCUCCUCUGUCGUGGAUAACAUCGUCACGUGCGCGUAUGGCGCUGAGAGCAACCCUAAUAUCCUGAAGGUGGACCUGAGGAAAGAAAGAAACACCCUGGUGCUGGCUUGCGGGAAGGACGGCUCCGUGGUGCCCGCGUCGUACGACACGAAAUACUGUGUCGACGACAAGCUAUCCGAGUGUGAGAAUAAAUACGAAGAUCUCUUCCCCAACUACGCAACGGCUUGGUGGUCGAAGGAAACCGACAAGAGUAGCCCCAUGAAGUUGACAGUCCCCAAGGAGGGCUUCCCUUCGGAAGAGAAAACGUUCUAUAUUGGAUGCGCUGCAACUUCCGUCAAGAAAUCGGGGAUUGUAGGUGCCUCUCCGAGACCUGAGGUUGAGUCGCCAGAAGGAACCACGGACUGUAGGGUGAUGGUGACGGUAACCGCCGCGGGCUCUGCUGUGGCUGGGAGUCUUCAUGACCAAGUCUUUGCUGCAGCAUCUGCUGCUGUGGCCCUGACUAGUUUCCUGGCUGGCGCGUUUUGA